CUUCACCCGACCCAACUUCUCUGGGCGAGCGAAGAGGAAGACGACCGCCCGUUUCACGCACAAUCAUGGCCCUUUCUAAUCCCACUACCAAAAUCGGCGUCGCUCGACCUGUCCUCGCUCGUUCAGCCAGCAACUACCCCAACGGUCUCCCCGCACCGCCCAUUAUUCCUUCGCAAAACGAUCAGGCCACUUCAGAGGCUGUUCUCGAGCUCGCGGAUGGAACCGCUUUCCGCGGCAUCAGCUUCGGCGCGGAGGGCAAGAGCGUGGCUGGAGAAUGCGUGUUCCAGACCGGUAUGGUGGGAUAUACCGAGUCCCUCACGGACCCAUCUUAUGAAGGCCAGAUCCUCAUCCUCACCUAUCCUCUCAUUGGAAAUUACGGUGUCCCCCCUCGCCCCAAUACGGGUUCGGUCGAAGACAUCCCUCUCGAUUUCGAAUCAGUGCGCAUCCAUGUUGCGGCGGUCGUGGUCGGAUACUACUCGGAAGACUACAGCCACUUCCUCGCGGGCUCGUCUCUCGGUGCAUGGCUCAAAGAGAGCGGUGUGCCUGCUAUCUACGGGGUCGACACUCGUGCCCUCACGAAGAAAAUCCGGGAGCAGGGCUCCAUGCUUGGCAAGGUCCUCGCCCAGCGUGUAGAGGCAGCCACCGCCUCCAACGGACUCGUCAUCCCUGGGCGCGCCCGCCUCGCUGGAUCGGCGCAGGAAUCGCGCGCACCGUCUCCGUCGAGCACGGGCAGCGGAAACUGGCGCGAGGAGUUCUCCGACAUUCCAUUCCGCGACCCGAACGGUGAAAACCUCGUUGCCGUCGUGUCAGCCACGGAGCCUCGCGUAUACAAACCCGUCGUCGAGCCGCGCAUGCAUCCCACCCUGCCGAGGUCACUGCGUGUCAUUGCCGUCGACGUCGGCAUGAAGUUCAACCAGAUACGCUGCUUCACGCACCGUGGGGUGGAACUGAAGGUCGUUCCGUGGGACUAUGACUACUUGUCGGAGUCCGAGGAGCCAUUCGACGGAUUGUUCGUGUCCAACGGCCCGGGCGAUCCCACUACUGUGAAACCCACCAUCGCCCGAUUGGCGAAGGCCAUGGAGAAGGCGGACCGGCCGAUCUUCGGUAUAUGUCUGGGCCACCAGCUGUUGGCUCUCGCUGCGGGUGCGUCAACGUCGAAAAUGAAGUACGGCAACCGCGGUCAGAACAUCCCUUGCACGGACGCUCUCAGCGGUAGAUGCUACAUCACGAGCCAGAACCACGGUUUUCAGGUGGACACGACGACGCUCCCUGAGGGAUGGACAGAGCUGUUUCGCAACGCCAACGAUGGCAGCAAUGAGGGUAUCUACUGCAUAGACAAGCCGUUCUUCUCCGUGCAGUUCCACCCGGAGUCGACCCCUGGGCCCCGAGACACGGAGUUCCUAUUCGAUGUAUUCAUCCAGAACAUCAUCGACUGUGCGAAGACGCAGACGCUCGUUCCCAUUUCUAUGCCCGGUGGGAAGAAGGAGGACAACGAGAAGCGCGUCCCCCGCGCGAACGUACAAAAGGUGCUCGUCCUCGGGUCCGGCGGUCUGUCCAUCGGUCAGGCGGGCGAGUUCGAUUACUCCGGCUCGCAGGCCAUCAAGGCCCUCAAGGAAGAGGGCAUCUACACUAUCCUCGUCAACCCGAACAUCGCCACGAUCGCUACGUCGAAGGGUCUCGCAGAUAAGGUCUACUUCCUGCCGGUCACGCCCGAGUUUGUGCGCAAGAUCAUCAAGUACGAGAAGCCCGACGGCAUCUAUGUCACCUUCGGUGGGCAGACCGCACUCAACGUCGGUAUCAAGCUCAAGGACGAGUUUGAGGCGCUCGGCGUCAAGGUCCUCGGCACGCCCAUCGACACCAUCAUCACCACCGAGGAUCGACAAUUGUUCGCCAGUGCGAUGCUCGAGAUUGGGGAGCGUUGUGCCCAGUCUAACACGGCGACGACGCAGGACGAGGCUGUUGCGGCUGCCAGUGUUAUCGGGUACCCGGUCAUCGUGCGUGCCGCCUACGCUCUGGGUGGUCUCGGCUCCGGGUUCGCGCAGGACGAGAAGCAGCUCAAGGCGCUUUGCAGCAAGGCAUUCGCGACUAGUCCUCAGGUUCUCGUCGAGAAGAGCAUGAAAGGCUGGAAGGAGAUUGAGUACGAAGUCGUCCGCGACUGCCGAGACAACUGCAUCACGGUUUGCAAUAUGGAGAACUUCGACCCGCUCGGUAUUCACACUGGUGAUUCUAUCGUCGUAGCACCCUCGCAGACCCUGUCCGACGCGGACUACAACAUGCUGCGUACGACGGCGAUCAAUGUCAUCCGGCACCUCGGCGUCGUCGGAGAGUGUAACAUCCAGUAUGCGUUGAACCCGAUUUCGCGAGAGUACUGCAUCAUCGAGGUCAAUGCCCGUCUUUCUCGUUCGUCUGCUCUUGCUUCGAAAGCUACUGGCUAUCCGCUCGCCUUCAUUGCAGCCAAACUUGGUCUCGGGAUUCCUCUCAACGAGAUCAAGAACUCAGUGACGAAGCUUACCAGCGCUUGCUUCGAGCCCAGUUUGGACUAUGUUGUCGUGAAGAUUCCUCGAUGGGACCUGAAGAAGUUCAAUCGCGUCAGCCGGCUUCUAAGCAGUAGUAUGAAGAGCGUAGGCGAAGUUAUGAGCAUAGGUCGGACCUUCCAGGAGACUAUCCAGAAGGCCAUUCGUUCCAUUGAUGACCAGUUUAAUGGGUUUUCCAAGAACGACUUCGUCGAGGACAUCGACGAAGAGCUGAUGAACCCCACCGACAAGCGUAUCUUCGCCAUCGCGGCUGCCUUCCAUCGUGGCUACAGCGUCGACAAGAUCUGGCAAAUGACGAGCAUCGACAAGUGGUUCCUAACUCAGCUGCUGUCGAUCUUCAAGAUGGAGAAUCGCAUAUCAGAGCUCACUAUAUCCAACAUUGGUGGCGCCGUUCUUAAACAAGCUAAGCAGCUUGGCUUCUCCGACCGACAGCUAGCCAUGUGCAUGGGAAGCACUGAACUUGCCGUCCGCCGUCUUCGUCAAGAGACCGGCGUCAUGCCUUACGUGAAGCAGAUAGACACUGUCGCUGCGGAGUUCCCGGCUUACACGAACUACCUCUACACGACCUACAAUGCUAUCGAGCACGACGUGACAUUCAACGACCGCGGUGUCAUGGUCCUCGGUUCGGGUGUGUAUCGUAUCGGUUCCUCCGUGGAGUUCGAUUGGUGUGCUGUUCGUGCUAUCCGGACGCUCCGCGACAAUGGACUUCCUACUGUCAUGGUUAACUACAAUCCGGAAACGGUCAGUACAGACUACGACGAGGCGGACCGGCUCUACUUCGAGAACAUCAGCUUGGAGUCUAUCCUCGAUAUCUACGACACCGAAUCGUCUCGUGGUAUCGUCCUGUCUAUGGGUGGACAAACCCCGAACAACAUCGCACUCCCUCUGUACAGGCAGAAUGUCAAGAUAUACGGGACGUCGCCGGAGAUGAUCGACACUGCGGAGAACAGGUUCAAGUUCUCUCGUCUGCUCGAUGAGAUCGGUGUCGACCAGCCCUCAUGGAAGGAGCUGUCGAGCUAUGAAGAUGCGCGGGCGUUCUGCGAGAAAGUCGGGUAUCCUGUGCUGGUCCGGCCGUCAUAUGUCCUCUCGGGUGCCGCUAUGAAUGUUGUCUUCAGCGAGAACGACCUCUCCAGCUACCUGUUGCAAGCGACGGCCGUAUCUCGCGAUCAUCCGGUUGUGAUUACCAAGUACAUAGAAGGCGCGAAGGAGAUCGAAAUGGACGCCGUGGCUAAAGACGGCAAGAUGAUCAUGCAUUAUAUCUCAGAACAUGUCGAAAACGCAGGAGUCCACUCCGGCGAUGCCACCCUCAUUCACCCGCCGCAGGACUUGGAUCCGGAAACAGUUCGCCAGAUCGAGGAGGCGACCGCGAAGAUAGGCAACGCUCUCAACGUCACCGGGCCGUUCAACAUACAGUUUAUCGCCAAGAACAAUGAGAUCAAGGUCAUCGAGUGCAACCUGCGCGCUGCUCGCUCCUUCCCCUUCGUGUCCAAGGUGACUGGUGUUGACGCGAUUGAGAUGGCUACGAAGGCCAUGUUGGACUUGCCAGUCGAGCCGUACCCUUACGUCGGGCUGCCGGCCGAUUACGUUGGCGUCAAGGUGCCGCAAUUCAGCUUCAGCCGUCUGUCAGGAGCCGAUCCAGUACUGGGAGUAGAAAUGGCGUCAACGGGAGAAGUUGCGUGCUUCGGCAAGGACAAGUACGAGGCGUACAUUAAGGCCCUGAUCUCGACUGGCAUCGUUCCACCCAAGAAGAACAUACUGUUCUCCAUCGGUGGCUACAAGGAAAAGAUCGAAAUUCUCCCGUCAGUGCAGAAGCUACAUGCUGCUGGAUACAACAUUUUUGCCACGUCAGGUACCGCGGACUUCCUCACAGAGCACAACGUUCCAUGCAAGUACCUCGAGACUCUUGCAGAGGAAAGCGAGCAGAAGUCUGAGUAUUCCUUGACUCAGCACCUGGCCAACAACCUAAUAGAUAUGUACAUCAACCUUCCAUCGAAGAACCAUUACCGUCGACCAGCUAGUUACUCCAGCAAGGGAUACCGCAGUCGUCGUAUGGCGGUUGAUUUCGCUGUCCCGUUGAUCACGAACGUCAAGGUUGCCAAGCUCCUGGUGGAAGCUUUGGUUCGCCGGUUGCCUCUGGACGUCUCUCCUGUAGAUUCGAAGACGUCGCAUGAGACGUACACGUUCACCGGUCUGAUCAACAUCGCCACUUUCGUGCCCGGUUUGACCCUUCCUGGGAACUUGGACUUCUCAGAUGCUACUCGUGCCGCUAUUGGAGGCGGCUUUGUCACGACCCUCGUCAACCCUGUAGGCGAAGGUAACAGGAUCAUCGAUAUUGAAACUCUCGGUCGAGCGCGUACCAACAUCACGGGCUCUGCGUAUUGCAAUUAUGCCCUUGGCGUCACUGCGACAGCCGACAACACGAAGUCCUUGGACGAUGAACUUCAAGCAGAUGUUAAGUCACUCUUCAUUCCUUUCCGCUACAACACCGCGGAUAGCCCUGUCUCAUCUCUCGCCGAGCACUUGACGUCCUGGCCAGUCGACAAACCUAUCGUCACCGAUGCCAAGGGGUCGGAUCUCGCGCCCAUUCUUCUCGUAGCCGGCCUUCAAAACCGCAGCCUACACGUUACGAACGUGCAGAGCAAGGAAGACCUUCUCCUCAUUUCCCUCAGCAAAGCGAAAGACUCGAAGGUAACCUGUGACGUAUCCGUGUACUCGUUAUUCUUCUCGCGUGCAGACUACCCCUCAGCGACGUGUCUCCCAUCGCUGGAGGAUCAGAAAGCUCUCUGGCAAAGCCUCGAUGUGAUCGAUGCUUUCUCCGUCGGGACCGUGCCGUACAAGCUCGCGCAGGAGACUGGACAAAGAGCAGCUGCGUCGUCUGGCUUGGAGGAGUGUCUUCCCCUCCUUUUGAACGCGGUAGCCGAUGGUCAGUUAACCAUGGACGACAUUCGCCAGCGAUUACACGACAACCCCGGACGCAUUUUCGGGUUGCCCGAUCAAAGCCAUACGAGUGUAGAAGUCACCGUCGGCCGGAAGUCCCAAUACCGGAACAAGAAAACAUGGUCUCCGGUGGAAGGAAAACUACUCAACGGUACAGUCGACAGAGUACUCGUGCAUGGCCAGACCGUCUACCUGGAUGGCGAGGUCACUUCCGAACCCUUGGGUAGGGAUAUCUCUGGCGCUUCGAUAACCCACGCAGUCUCGGAGAGGCGGAUGUCCGUGACUGGAUCAAGACCUGAAAUCAUUUCUGCUGCGCCCAAGGGAGCGGAUGGAUCCGCUCAGUCUAUACUUCCCUCUUCUACCGUAGCUCCCCUCCACGGACCAGCGCCACCUGCGUUCAUCCACCAUGCUCCUCAUCCCGCAUUCCAUCGUCGACACAUUCUUUCUGUCAAGCAGUUCAGCCACCGUGACGUACAUGACCUAUUUUCGCUCGCGCACGAGAUGCAGUUGCAGGUCGAACGCAACGGCAUCCUCGACAUUCUCAAGGGCAAGGUUCUGGCCACGAUGUUCUACGAGCCGUCCACCCGUACCAGCUCGUCCUUCGACGCGGCUAUGAAGCGCUGUGGCGGCGAGGUCGUCAGUGUCAACGCCGAGAUGUCCUCCGUUCUCAAAGGCGAGACACUUCCGGAUACGAUUCGGACAUUAGGCUGCUACGCCGAUGCCAUCGUGAUUAGACAUCCUGACGUAGGCAGCUCUCAACUGGCGGCGAAGUUCUCUCCCGUACCCAUCAUCAACGCUGGUGAUGGUAUUGGCGAGCACCCGACCCAGGCUCUACUGGAUGUCUACACCAUUCGUUCUGAGCUUGGAACGGUGAACGGCAAGACGAUUACGCUCCUAGGCGACCUGAAGAACGGGCGCACUGUCCACAGCCUGGUCACCCUCCUGUGCCUCUACUCCGUUCGCCUCAACUUCGUGUCCCCGCCGUCGCUUGCGAUGCCCGCCCACGUCGUCUCAGCCGCGCGCCGCGCAGGCGCACACGUUAACGUAUGCGACUCGUUGGAAGACGUCCUGGGAGAGACCGAUGUGCUGUAUGUGACGAGAUUGCAGAAGGAGCGUUUCAAAGACGACUCAGCAUGGAUGGCCGUAAAGGACGCGUACCGGAUCGAUCACGCUCUGCUUUCGCGAGCAAAGGAAGAGAUGAUUGUCAUGCAUCCCUUGCCAAGGGUAAAUGAAAUCGACCCAGAGGUUGACUUCGAUUCUCGUCGCGCCGUCUACUUCCGACAGAUGCGAUACGGGCUUUUCAUUCGCAUGGCCCUCUUAGCCAGCGUGAUGGGCUAAAGCCUUUUCAAAAUAUCGGGCUUGCGGGCUACAACCGCUCAGCGCUCAGCGCUCAGCGCUCAGCGCUCAGC